AUGCUUCUUCUAAGACACGCACAGCAGCACCACAGCCAUUUUAAGAAUGCAUCUGCUCUGCUCUGUGUGCGUCUCUUUUCUGCAGCCGUGGGAGCAUCGCUGGCAUCAGGCUCAGCCUAUGUGUCGCUGCAGGGAUCAGCUGCUGUGCUUUCCAACGGUUCCAUUCUUCUCACAGGAAGGGCGCCCAACGAGCAGGGAGCAGCGUUUGCCUCUCCCGCACUGCGCCUCUUCUACUUCCCCAACAAGCGCUCCCUCUGCGGGAUUGAGCUCGCGUUCACCGCUGCCUUCAGCUUUGCCAUGCGUCCACCGGGCCAGGGGGCGGGUGGAGAGGGGCUUGCGUUUGUGGUGGCAGCAGCUGCUCCUGGCAAGGGGGCUAGUGUGGGGCUGGGAGGGGUGGGGAAGCGGAGUGUGGCGGUAGAGUUUGACUCGGUGCUGAGUGUGAAGCACAGCGACCCCAACGACAACCACGUGGGCGUCAAUGUGGGCGGCUCACCUGUGUCCCUCGCCUCUGCCACGGCCCCUCUCAUCCUCAACGACGCCCACACCAAGCACGCCUGGAUCCACUACGACCCCACCAGCGGCGGCACCCUCCGAGUCUUCCUCUCCUCCGACCCCCAGCAGCCCCCCACCCCCACCCUCACAGCAAGCGUGUCUCUCUGCUCCGUGCUCAAGCCCACUGCAUCCGACUCUCUCUUCCUCUUCGGCUUUGUAGCUCUUUCGAACAUCUGGCCACAAACACAUAUUAUCCUGUCCUGGGACUUCGAGACAGUGUACACUUGUGGAUCCCGGAAACGGUCUUGCUAA